AUGGCCUCCACGAGUGCGCCGUACUGGGGCGAGCUUCCAGUAACCAAGCCGUCUGGCAGCCGCCGCCCGUCUGCUGAUGCCAGCCCAGCAGAGCCCGACCGGCGCCAAUUGCUUGACGUCUCGGCCCAGCCGCAACCCAAGUCCAACCGGGCCUCUGUGCAGACUACAAAUACCGAGGCGCCCACCGAGUCGACCAUGAGCCCCUAUGGAUCGCCCACCAGCACCAGCUUUCCAUCCCAAGGCCUCGCACCUCGACCACCGUCCUUUCCUUACGGUGCAAACCGCUAUCUGCAGCAGCAAAGCAGACGACAAAGCAGUCGAGGCAGAAACACUGACACAGCCGCUGAAAACGACCCGGCCGCGUACGCUGACGAUUCCGACACUCUACCCACAGCUCCAGACGUGCCUAGGGGCCCCCCUCUGAGCUACCGCUCUCCCUACGAAGACGCGCACAGCUACGGCUAUCCGCCAUUGCCACCGGCCACUCCACCGAGCCCCAGGAGGCCGGAGCUGACUCUCGCCACCGACCCGAUGGACCUUGCCAGUCCCGAGCAGUACUACACCACGGCGACGAGCAGGCCCGCAGCUGGCGAUGCGCCCCCCUCGUCUGGCGCGCGCGGUGGUCCUUCGCGUCGCAUGUCCACCCGCAGCGGACAUUCCGAGCGCCGGAAAAAGUUGGAAGAGGUCCGCUCCCCGCUACAGAAGCUUGAGCUGACGCUCGACAGCAUCACCAAAGAAGAAAAACGCGCCAGGGUCGCCGCUGCCGAGCAGGUUUAUCGCGAGCGGGAGGGCCAGGCAGCCGCUCGCGCUCAGCUGGAGGGGCCCCGACCACUUCCGCAGCCACAGCCCCGGGAGCAGCUGCAGGCCCGGUCGCACGAGCAUUUCGCCUCUGCCAGUGACGGCGAGCCACGGCCGCUCCUUCAGCCGGACGCGAGCCCGAUCGAAGAGAGCUACUCGCCCAUUCCCAGCCAGAGGGGACUUGCGUCGCAGUAUCGGCCAGAAUCAACCACAUCCUCUCCGCUGUCAGAGGGACAUGUCGCGAGGAGCAGGCAGCAGGACGCGCGAAACACGGCGCUUCCGAGCGGCACGGCUUCCGGAAUACCUCAGCGCAACCUCAGCUUUCGUGAGCGUGCUGCACAGAGCGACACUCUCUCUCUGCCAGAGAGCAUGCUGCCAAGGCGAACGAGCAGUCAGCAUGUCCAGCUGGCAAAGGAACCUCCGUCGGGCGACCCGUGGGCCAACAAGAGAAUGGCAGCGGAGCGCAGGUACCAGGCCAUGCAGGAAAUGAAUGCCGCUCAUGCUGGCGGACCGUCUCUUGGCAACUCCGACUUCUACACCGACAUCAGGCCGGUACAGCAACCGGAACCGCAGUGGCCACGCGAAGAAAAGACACGUGGGCUGGCACCAUCGGCUGCAUACCAAAGACGGCCGUCUGUAAGCGGCAUGUCCGAUGUAGAUUACCACCGGUCCGCCAUGGGCUACGACGGCACAAGGGAAAUCGGACGGGCCUCGAUGGCGGCCGCCGGUGUGGCGGGCGUUGCUGGAGUGGCGGCAGCAGCAGCCACGGCUCCCGCUCCGGUCAAGAAGACGGCAAGAUUCCACGACGAUGUCGAGCAGGGCCAGCACCACCAUCGUAUAUCCAACAUGCUGUAUCAUUCCCGUGGCGAGAUGCAGCCAGGCCAAGGCACAUACAGCCGCCCUACGUAUCUGGAAGAGUGGAAGAAGUUCAGAGUUGGCACCUUGGACGGACCACUUCUCGAUUUGACGACCGAGGAGAGUUCGAGUGUUGACGACAAGACUUGGUGGGAGCCCGGCGGAACGCGGCGGGGGAGCAUCACCUCACGGCCGCGGAAAGGCGAGGCAUUUGAUGGCGAGUACGACGAGGCUAAUGGCCCUUCGCGCUUCAAGCCGCCCUUGCACUUGGUCUGUGGCCCACUAUUAAGAUACUGUGGCAUGCGGAAAGAGAGGUCUCCGGGCAGAGCGCAGCGGAACGGCGGCGGCAACGGUGCCUCGGAUCGACAAUUUUGGCGUGGAAGCGUCAUGAUCGUGACCCGAGAUACCGACUCGUCGUACGACAUCGCCCCGACACUGCGACUGUUUGUGCAGCCACUCGACCUGCUUCCGCCUCCGCCAAGUGAGGUACAGGGCGCGCUGCCUCCCGAGUAUGUCGACCCGCUGGUUGGGCAUCCGAAGCUUGGCCGCAACGGAGAGACGCUCUAUGUGCGACCUGUCGAGCACAUUGCCGAAGCUCGGGACCUUUCCCGAGACGAGACCGAUGGCGGGCUUUACGAGAAGACAAGAAGUCCCGGAGCGGGCGUUGGUCCGACUGGCGGCGCCGUAGACCCGCCUGGUUCUUUUGCAGCCCGGCUGAAGCGGACGGAGAUGGACGGCGAGAGGGCGGGCAGGUUCAAGGACGUGCGUGGCUUCCGAUUGCACGCCGAGCGCGGGGUGACGUUCUGGCGAUUCAACAUCGAGGUGGAGCUGCGGGAAGCGCAGCAGCGGAUCGCUUAUCGCAUCAACCGCAGCCCGUCGACCGGAUUCUGGGUGCCAGCCAGAGGCCAGGCGAUGCACAUUAUGUUCCAUUCGUGCAACGGCUUCAGUCUCGGCGUCAACUCGCACCAGUUCAGCGGACCAGACCCGCUGUGGCGGGACGUGCUCAACAACCACCAGACACAACCAUUUCAUGUUAUGAUUGGCGGCGGUGACCAGAUCUACAACGACAUCGUGAUGCAGGAGACCGCCCUGUUCCAAGAGUGGCUCACGAUUAAGAACCCGCUGGUCAAGUAUAACGCACCCUUCUCGGCCGACAUGCAGGACGAGCUCGAGGAUUAUUACCUGAACCGGUAUGCCAUGUGGUUCUCGCAGGGGCUGUUUGCCCUAGCGAACUCGCAGAUUCCGAUGGUAAACAUGUAUGACGACCACGACAUCAUCGAUGGGUUCGGGUCGUAUCCGCACCACUUUAUGAACUCGCCUGUGUUCUCUGGGCUGGGCAGUGUGGCGUUCAAGUACUACAUGCUGUUCCAGCACCAGAGCGUGAUUGACGAGACGGAGGAGUCGGAACCCAGCUGGAUUCUGGGGCCGAAUCCUGGUCCGUACAUUGAGGAAGUCAGCCGAAGUCUUUUCAUGUACCUGGGAGCCAAGGUGGCCCUCUUGGCGGUGGACUGCCGGACGGAGCGGAUGCGGGACGAGGUUGUGCGCGAGGAGACGUGGAAGCGCAUCAUGGACCGGUGCUAUGCGGAGAUUGAAAAGGGCACGACAGAACACCUCAUCGUGCUGCUCGGCGUGCCUAUUGCCUAUCCGCGACUGGUGUGGCUGGAGAACAUCCUGACGUCACGGCUGAUGGACCCGAUCAAGGCGCUGGGGAAGACAGGCCUGCUGGGGGGCUUUCUGAACAAGUUUGAUGGCGGCGUGGAAGUGCUCGACGACCUGGACGACCACUGGACGGCCAAGGAACACAAGGAGGAGCGAAAGGUGCUCAUCGAGGACUUGCAAGAUCUGGCAGCAGACAAGUCGGUGCGCAUCACGAUGAUCAGCGGCGACGUGCAUCUGGCCGCGAUCGGACAGUUCUACUCGAACCCAAAGUUGGGCGUGGCGAAACACAAGGACUUCCGAUACAUGCCGAACGUGAUCUCGUCGGCCAUUGUGAACACGCCGCCGCCGGACCUGUUGGCGGACGUGCUGAACAAGAGAAACAAGGUGCACCACUUUGACCACGACACAGACGAAGACAUGAUUCCGCUCUUUGAUCACGGCGUGGACGGCAAGGCACGAAACAACAAGAGGCUGCUGCCCCAUCGAAACUGGUGUUCGAUACAGCCGUACGUGCCGGGAUCGACGCCGGCAGGGUCUCCGAUGCAGUCGACGAACGAGCUGGGCGGCCGCAGCCGCAGCAUCCUCCGACGGAACGGGAGCAAUGUGUUACGGCGCAACUCGUUGCGCAACCGUGCAGCAGCCAGCGAGGGCGAGUCGCGGCCGCCCGUGUCGGGUGGACUGCUGCGGACGAUGAGCAGCCGCGGCCGGUCGUCAGCCGACAACGUGCGACAGGACAGAGCAGGCACGAGCGUGAAGCGGUCGUUUUCGCUAUCCCGAGAUUUCCGGCCGGGAAACCUAUUCCGUCGGCUCAGCAAUCGCGGCAACCGUCGGGUGGACGACGGCGGCAUCAACGGGAGCUGGGGUGCGGACAGUGGGAGUGGGCAUGGCCGUGAACAGGACGAUGGGAGUUCAGCCAGCAGCGGCGAGUCGGCAGCGGGGCAGCGUGGCGGUCGAGGGCCGCAGAUGCGCGGUGGCGCGGGUUCGGCGUCUGCUCUCGGAGGGUUCGUGCACGACGAGUAUGACACGGGCGACGAGACGCACUUUUCGGUGAAGCGACGGCCGGUAGGACAAGCACUGCAGCUGCAGCAGCGCAGCCAGGCAACAAUCGGAGGCGAGACAGCGGCGGCGACACGUCAGUUCUAUCGGACACCGACAGGGCUGACGGCACGACAGUCGAAGCAGGCGCAGCAGUUCGAGGUCAACCUGGAAGGCGGACUGGAGAUUCGGCUGAACGUGGAGGUGAACCCGAAGGAGCCGACAGGGAUCACGGUGCCGUAUCGGCUGCUGGUGCCGCGGCUGUGGUAUAAUUAUGAGAGCGAAGAGGCGACAGCGGCAGCAGUGGCACACGAAGAGCCGACAGGGCUCAAGCGGCUGCUGAGUCUGGGGCGAAAGAGGCCGAACAUGGAUGCAGGAGGCGGAUCCAGCUUGACAAGGGAGAUGGAAGCAGCUCCGGCCAACUGA